AUGGCGGACGAUUCUCAGCAUGAGCACACGUUCGACUCGGCCGACGCCGGCGCCUCGGCCACUUACCCUAUGCAGUGCUCAGCUCUGCGCAAGAACGGGUUUGUCGUGAUCAAGGGUCGCCCUUGCAAGAUCGUCGACAUGUCGACCUCCAAGACUGGCAAGCACGGCCACGCCAAGGUCCAUUUGACUGCUCUCGACAUUUUCACUGGCAAGAAGCUCGAGGAUCUCUGCCCUUCGACCCACAACAUGGAUGUUCCCAAUGUCACUCGUCGCGAGUACCAGCUUCUCGAUAUCUCCGAUGAUGGCUACCUCUCCCUGAUGAGUGAUGACGGCGACACCAAGGAUGAUGUCAAGGUUCCCGAUGGUGAGGUUGGUGAGAAGAUCAACAAGCUCUUCAGGGUUGAGGAGAAGGAUACCAACGUCGUCAUUCUGACCGCCAUGGGUGAGGAGUCGGCCAUUGAGGCCAAGGAGGCUCCCCGCCAGGCUUAA